UUUUUCCACUUCAAGCGGGGAAACGGAACCAGCAACUUGGAACUCUUGACGCUAGCCGAGCCACAAUUGGUGUUGCACGUUCGGACCCAAGUGGGAAACGAUUCUCGGAUUAAACGGGGACCGGAAGUAGUAUUGGGAUCCCGUAUCGGCGCUGCACAACCGGUGUCCGCUGCUGCUGGUUUAGGGUUGGUAGCUUGUGAAAGGAAAGUGUGAGGUACGGGGGAAGGGAAAUGGGAAUGUGCGUGGGGGAUACGCUGGGAGUUGGGAAUGUGUAAGAAACCGUGAAGAGCGGGAAACUUGAGGCGCGCGGAGUUGAUAACGUGGGUUGGGGAGCCUGGGGCCAUUUGAGCGGGCUGCAGCGUAUGUGGAGGAGAGCUGGGGGUGUAUCUUUCAUUAGUAUCCGGUGUCUUUUCCCUUGGGGCUCCGGAACUCCAGAGCUACCAUAGGAAAAAGUCCACGCCAAAACAUCAUGAAAAACAUACAUUUGUCGAAAUGUAACGCUAUCUCAAUACUAUUCCAGAAAUAUUGUUCCAUUCAUAAUGCAACAAUUGAGGCCGCAAAUUGAACUCCCGAAUUCCAACUAAGGCUGCCAUCCUAGCCCCACAUGCUUGGGAGUAAGCUCCAUAGAGUUUAGGAGGACUUCUGUCUGAGUAGACAUACAGUGGUACCUCGGGUUACAUACGCUUCAGGUUACAUACGCUUCAGGUUACAGACUCCGCUAACCCAGAAAUAUUACCUCAGGUUAAGAACUUUGCUUCAGGAUGAGAACAGAAAUCGUUCUCCGGCGGCGCGGCGGCAGCAGGAGGCCCCAUUAGCUAAAGUGGUGCUUCAGGUUAAGAACAGUUUCAGGUUAAGAACGGACCUCCAGAACGAAUUAAGUACUUAACCUGAAACUGUAGUUAGGAUUGCACUUGACAUUCUUAUCAGGGAGCAGCGGGGCGAUCUAAACUGCAGCCAGGCAGUAGUGGGAGAGGGCAGAUGGGCAGAGACACUGCCUCCUCUGCAGCCCCGUUGUUCACAGUGGCUUGGGCAGAAGGCAAGAGGGCAGGCAGAAACCUGCUCUGGGAACUGCUAUAGCUUUCAGGUCCGAUGUCAUCAAGUGACUGCAGGAGUGGACAAAGCAGCAAAUAAAGUCUGUGUUAUUGUGUGGGAUAUCUUUAGGCUCGUUUUUAAUAACAGGGAUUAAGGUUUGUGCACGUAUAUUUCAGUGGCCCACUUUGCACAUCUCAUUAUACCAUAGUUUACAACAAAUAAUGGUUUAAUGUGAAUGAGCAGCAUCCUGGUGCAAAUGGAUCAAAAUUUCCCACAGCACUCUUCCCCCAUUCGUACCAGUGCUGUGCUGUGGAUAUGGCUCUACACAAAGCAUGAGUGUACCUAAGAUUUGUUGUGGUCACCCACUCAUGUUUCAUUUGGAAAGGAACAAGCCACGAGCCCAGGUUUGGAUCACAUAACUAGCCAGACCCUGACUUGUUUUGUCUGCAGUGCAGCAGGAACAGAGUAGGAAUUCUGUGAGAAUGUUUGAGCACUUGUCAUGGAUGUAGCCAGGAUUUUUGUGGUGGGGGCAGGCCUCAGCUAUGUAUUUUUAUUGAUUUUUAUUGAUUUAGAGGGGGCAGUUGCCCCCCUUGGUUACGCCCGUGGCACUUGUUCAUUUUAAACUAUAGUUUGUUUUAAACUAUAGUUUAAUGUGGCAUGCAAACCAGGCCAGUAUCCGCUUCCUAAUGCUUGUCUACCUCCGUAUUUCAGAAUAGUAGUUUAUAUAAACAGAAUUUUAUAAACAGAAUUGUUUUGUUAUGGUUUCUUAUUCAACUUCUUUUUCUAUUUUAUGUCGUGUCUGGGCCUGGAUACCAUUAUAUAUUGGACAGUGGAUGCAAAGGAGCUCUUUUAUUUAACUCUUGCUAAUCAAGUUUGACACCAGGCAUGUGUGUAAUCUACUAAAAUUUCUAAAUUUGGUUUGGCUAGAUUACAUAGAUGUGAUUAUGUUUAUUUUUUUCCUGCUUCAGAGAUUCAGGUUUUCAAAUACAGUGGUGCCCCACAAGACGGAAAACCUGCUAGACGAAAGGGUUUUCCGUUUUUCGAUGCACUUCGCAGGACGAAUUUCCCUAUGGGCUUGCUUCGCAAGACGAAAAUGUCUUGCGAGUCUUGAGAUUUUUUUCCCGCUUCCCCCCCUUUUUCUAAGCCGCUAAGCCGCUAAUAGCCUUUUAGCAGCUAAGCCGCUAAGCCUUUAAUAGCCGCUAAACCGCUAAUAGCGCUAAUCCGCUAAGCCGCUAAUAGGGUUGCUUCGCAAGACGAAAAAAACGCUAGAUGAAGACACUCGCGUAACGGAUUAAUUUCGUCUUGCGAGGCACCACUGUAAUUUGUCUGCUGCUUUUGACAUAGACUGUUAGGAGGGAAUGGCAAGAAGAUUGAUUUGUAUAUAGACUUGUAGUGAUGGUGAUAGCGAGGAGCAACCAUAGUAGACACAGACACAUAGCUGACACGAAACGCCCAUCCCCUACGGGAAGUCUAGAAACCAUGUUCUAGGAUUCUAAGUCUUUAUCAGAUGCUGCCUGUGCUUUUCACAUAAUAUAACAUAACAUAAAUAGCAGGUUCUGCAGUGUGGUGGAAAACACACGGGUGCAUGGAAUAAACAAAGCUCUGGUCAUUAGUCCCAUGGGUAUAGAAGUUUCAUGUGCCUGCCAAGACUGUUGCAGGUGCUUGUAUUUUUGGUAAGUUAACUGUAUGGAAAAGAGAAAAUUAAUUCCUAAGUAAGUAAGUAAGUAAGUAACAAGCAGUCUGUUGUAUGUAGAGGAAGUCAACAAAUUUUGCAGCUAAUUUUCUGAAGGCUAGUCUGUAUCCUUUUGGUAUUCACUUAAUUUUAAAUUAUGCCUUGAUUUUUAUUUCAGGUGACAAAAUGACUACAGGAGCUGAUGUCCGGGAUAUAUUGGAACUGGGGGGCACAGAGUCUGAGAACAUAGGAACUAUUAAUAAAAAAGAUAUCAUCAAUUCUGAUAAGGUACAAAAGGGGUGAAGAAAGGGGAUAGGAGGAGGAGAAGCUUUGUGCUUGUAAUUCUAAGUUAUGUGCAUGCAACAUGAUCUUCUUUUGGAUCUUGCCAGCAUGAUUGCUGCAUACAGCAAUAUUGUUUACCCUAUUCUUGAACAAGUUGUGAGGCUACAUUCCUCUUAAAAAAUAGAAAUAAAAGAUCAGAUUCUUUUUCUUUUUUUGAAAUAUGAAAUAUAACACAUUUUUCAGCAUCCUCAUUCUGUGCUGUCCCUAUAGUUCUGCAUUUGAGUGUCUAAAGAAAUUAAUAUCUCUGUACCUGCUGGUGAAAGCAAUGUGCUAUCACUUAUUUCAAUUUUGUUUCAUCUAUAUACAGCAUAAAGCUGGGAUGCAUAAUAUGAAUGUCCUUUUUGGGCAUAAGGAAAAUAGCAAGCCAUUCUACUUUUGUUAAUGAUAUUUACAUUUACAUUCUUUACACUAGGAUUUGCAGGGUCUCAUGAAACCUCUCAGGCUAUAUUCACUGAAGGGCUCCUCUCUCUUGCUUUUUGCUGCUUCCUGUUUAUAUUUGCAGCAUUGUUUAGAUUGUUGAGUAUAAAUGAGAAUCACACCUGCAGCAGAAUGACAGAAAUGUGGAGGGAUGGGAGAAUUAGGGAAAGUUGGUUUGUCUGCGGAACUUUGGGAGGUCUGGUUGACACUGCAGGUAUUGUCUGUCAUCAAAUAGAAAUUCUGCUACCCUCUUAAUCCCCACCUCCAGAAUGUUCCUGCAUUUUGAGAACUAUGAGUAAAGUAGGAAGUGAAGACUUUGCAGGAAAGCAAAAUAUAAACAACAUCCUCUUGCUGCUCAUAUGUUUUUGUACUGAGAGUUUAAGCUUGACUAAAGUUAGAUCAAUAAAGCUGGAUUGUGAUGUUUUGAGGCAUUGCAUAGGAGAGAACAGAUGCAAUCUGUCAGAUGUAAAAAUCAGAAUAAACAGAGACUGAUGUUUAUACUCCCACAUAAUUUUGGUGUUAAGGUUGCACAGCCUUUGAUAAAAACCUUAUUUUUCAGAAAAAAUCCAAGAAGUCAUCGGAGACCCUCACAUUUAAGAGACCAGAAGGAAUGCACCGGGAGGUCUAUGCACUACUGUACUCUGAUAAAAAGUAAGUUUUGUUACCUGGAUAGUUGGUGUUUUCCUUAAACCAGCCUCUCAUCUCCUAGGUAUUUGACAGAUGAAAGCCUUGACAAGUCUGUUCUUGAAAAUUUACUUUCUCCAGCUUUCGAUAGUGUUUUUACCUUUAGCCCCUUCCUAGUAUCUAUGACUUGCUCUACUGGAAGUGCUGUUUCAGCAUUUUUGAUCUCCAUAAUCUAAAUGUGUGAAGCCCUUUUGAUAUGUAAAAAUUUCAGAUGUUGAGGGCAUGGAACUCUCCUUUUAAAAAGAAUGUUGGGAAAUACUGAACUAUUUACUGUCUGGAAGAGCUAUAGUUUUUGAUUCUGAAUUUUCAUUUUGGGUUCAUGAACCUUAGACAAUGGAAAGUUCACAUGAAUUGUAACAGAUUUCUCAACUCUCACAUUCUGUUUUGUUCCUUGAAUUUAUCUGUAUUUUCAAACGCUCAUCUGUUUGUGGUAGAUGAUGAAGGAGAAUCAGAAGCAAGUAAAGGGCAAGAGAUGUCAGAGGCUGAAUUGUAAGAAGGCCGUGCUAUUAUGCCUUGCCUAAAUAAUGUUUUAGGAGCACUAUGCUUCGUGGAUUCCUAGAUUGAAUGAAAAAAGCAGAUUUUCUGUAUCCUGCAGUAUUUGAAAGUGCAUAAAAGGAAACUAUGGUAUUCCAUUAUGAGAAUGUGCUGUGAUUAGCCUUUAGCUUGUAUUUAACUUCUAAGAGGUCUCUUCCUUGCUAUCAGAAUCACCUUAGAGGUGAUUAUAAGACCUACUUUUUGGUUUUUGGUUGGCUUUCUCAUUUUCUGUAGAGGAACUGAACAGAUGGGAAUAAAUGGUCACUAGAGCUAACCUUGCUGCCCAGUGAGCCCUUAAUGAUCCCACCAGCUCCAUCUUUUAUAGCUUCAAGCAAAGAGGCAUCCUAUUCCUGAAACAUACUUGUUCUUGGGAUCUGUCCUAGGAGAUCUUUGGGCAUGCUCUUUUUUUAAGGUCUGACAGUUCCAUUUGUCCUUUUUUUACACUUCAUGCCAGUGACCAUGAACAGCAACUUGAGGAAGUGGAAAACCAGGCUCUGUGUCAGCAGCAGCUGCAAGCAGAGCUGCUAUUAGCCAAUGCACAUCCAGGCUAAAUAAUGGGGGGGGGGGGCUGAUUGCAGACUCUGUACCUCACUGGCCUAUGUUCACGUAAGAGACUAAUAAAUUGUGACCCUCUUUGGUCUGUGGAGCUUUGGGUUGUGUGCUGAGUGUGUAAGAUCAGUCUACAGUAUACAGAAUUGUCUUAGAUUUACACUGAUCUUUAAGCAGUCCUCAGAGAUCAUAGAAGGGGAUUAAAUAUGCAAAAUGAGCCUCAUGCAGACAGUAGGUUCCAUUAAUUUGUACCUUGUCUUUGUUUCAGGGAUGCACCUCCCCUUCUUCCAAGUGACACAACGCAGGGCUACCGCACAGUUAAGGCAAAGCUGGGAUCUAAGAAAGUGCGGCCUUGGAAGUGGAUGCCUUUCACCAACCCUGCUAGGAAGGAUGGGGCCAUGUUUUACCACUGGAGGAGGGCAGCAGAAGAGGGCAAGGAUUACCCUUUCGCCAGAUUCAACAAAGUAUGGAGGCUUGAUCAGAGCUUGUAUUAAGUGUGAAGGCUUGAACAGGGUUUGUGAAAUGGGAGUGAGUGGAUAAAUUUGUGCCAAAAUAUCUCAAACGACAUCUCCAAAUACCCUCUUUCUUUCGCUUGCUAUCUCUAGGGUUAAUUCCCAUACCAACUUCAGAAGUGUAAGACUGAUUCUGGUAUCACAGGACAUUAAACUCUGUAGUAUUCUUUAAUUUUUUUAAAUACUUGAGUCCUGUGGGGUGUGUGCACUGUUGCUACUUAUCAGUGUCCACACUGAAAGUUCUGAUUUGGAAGGCAUCUAAGUAAUAUUGGGUUGGGUAGUGCCUUAAAGCCACAAGUUAAAGUUAGCAUGAAAAAGUCACAAAAAGUUAGCAACUUUUCUCUUAGGAGCGUGCAGGUGUGAACACACACACAAACACACAAAAUUAUGUGAGGUCAGAUUGGACCAGGAGCAUUGCAAACUUUAUUAUACUGUGACAUCUGAAACUGAAAUUCUUUCCAGUAGAGUUGGCACCCUUAGGGUAGGGUUGAACAUUUGUUAGAUGCCCAAACAAACUUUGCACUUCUGCUUUUUAUGCUUCUGAUGUAGUGCCCCGAGUGGAGGUUGUGUUAGGAGAGAGGCACAUUCCUCAGAUGUGAUUCUCACGUGUACAUCUUCCCCCUGUUUAUGUUGAAAGCAGAAAAAGUAGAUUAUCAACUGGGAACACAUCUGUGGCUGUUCAUAUCUUUAAGGAGAUAGCAUUGAGUAAAGGUGCAAUUGCCCCAAGAUUGAGGGGGCCCGCCACGUGUGACAUCACACAUGUAACGCAUGUGCAAUGUUGCAUCGUCUGGAGGAGGCCGAGUGCUCUGAAGGAACCGGCCACUAAAGCUGCGCCACGUUCGGCUGUGUGCUUAGCCUCCUCUGUCCCUUAAACAUUGGAAUAACAGAUAAAACUAAUGGAAGGAACUAGCGGCCCCCACUGUAUCAUUUGGGUGGCAGCAAAGAUGGGAUGUGGGAAAUAAAGCUUACAUUUUGAAGAUACAUUUGACUUGUGAUUGGGGCAUAGAAGUGGGCAACUGGAUUUCUUUCCUGUGAAAUCAUGGGUUUGUUUUACCUCAAAGUAAUCCUGCUCGAUGAAACAAUCCUGCAUGAGGGGGAGUAUGUUGUGCAAGCCGUCUCAUUCAGUCUGCUCUUUCCUUCUGCAGACAGUGCAAAUUCCAAUUUACUCAGAACAGGAGUAUCAGAUGUACCUUCAUGAUGAUGCUUGGACCAAAGCUGAAACAGACCACCUCUUUGACUUAUCCAGACGGUUCGAUCUUCGCUUUGUGGUCAUUCAUGACCGUUAUGACCACCAGCAGUUCAAAGUAAGUGCCUGUCAGCUAAUACCGUCUACAGUGAAGUUGCCAUGGUGCAGUUUGUUGAAUAAAACUUAUUUCCAGUUUAAGGAUCUGCAGACAUGGACUAUGCAGUGUGCUGGUUAAAAUAAUACAUGCCUGUUAAGGGUUCCUGAAUUCUCUUCCUGAAGUUUUGUGUGAAACAUUAUAAGCACCAGCUGCAUUGGGUAAGAGACUUACAAAAGCAAGGAAAAAAUGCUUUGUUAAGCUCUGAGAGGCAUCUCAACAGUGUUUAUUUGGAGGUGAGAUAGCUAGGACAGAAUAGGGAUUCUGUUGGUGUACUACCCACCCUGUCACUCAACAGUCUCAUUUCUAGCAGGAGUAGUCUUGGUGUUGGAGUCCUCUCAACUUGUUGUGCUGGAGAACUUCAACAUUUGUGCUGAUGCCUUGUCAGGACUGGCUCAAGUUUUCAUGGCUGCCAUGACAACCAUGAAUCUGUCCUAAGUAAUAUCUGGCCCUACCCAUGCUGCAGGGCACAUUCUGGACUUGGUUUUCUGUGCUGGAUUGGAUUAUGGUGAUCUUAGCAUGGAGGAACUUUCUGUUAGUUCCACUGUCAUGGUCAGAUCACUCCUUGGUGGGGUUUAGACUCGCUGAAGCUCAUAACCUUAGUGGGUGUGUGGGUGUGAUUAAGAAGUUCCACCCUAGAAAGCAAGGUAUCUGGAGUGUGUGUUGGCAUCUCAGAUCAUGGAUGAGACAGAUUAUCUAGAUCUAUUUCAAUCUGGUUUCAGGCCUGGUUAUGGGAGCGAGAUGGCUUUGGUUGCCUUGGUGGAUGACAUGCCAGGAAUUGGACAGGGGGAGUGUGUCCCUUUUGGUUCUGCUGGACUUUUCAGCGGCUUUCAAUACCAACUUGGGAUGCCUUGUUGGAAUGCAGUUUGGAGCCACUGUUUUACAAUGGCUUUCUUUCUUCUUGGAGGGGUGAACCUAGAAGGGGGUGCUGGAGGACUCCUGUUUGACACAUUGGCUGUUGACCUUUGGGGUCUCUCAAGGUUGUGUUUUGUCCCCCAUACAUGAAACUGCUGGGAGAGGUUGUCUGGAGCGUUGAAGUUCAGUGUCACCAGUAUGCUGUUGACACCCUGCUCUAUUUCUCCUUUCCACCUAAAUUCAAGGAAGUUGUAUUGAUUCUAAACCGGUGUCUGUCAUCAGUGAUGGACUGGAUGAGGGCGAACAAAUAGAAACUUAAUCCACACAAAACAGAGGUGCUCCUGGUCAGUCAAAAGGCUGUGCUGGAUGGAGUUGUACUCUCCCUGUAGACACAUGUUUGCAGUUUGGGUGUGCUCCUUUAUUCAGCCCUGGGCCCUCUCUUUGGGAGCCUCUCUUAUUCCAGCAAAGGAACAAUCAGCAACCCACUUUAAGCUCCCAGUAGCUCCUUUGAAUCCCCACCCUUACUUGCCCAAAACCUGACGUCAUGUGCAAGGAGAAGAACUACGUUGAUUAAGCUAGAAAAAGAAUUUUAGGGUUUCUACUGCUGGGUAACUGAUUAACUGAGGUGAGAUGGAGAGUGUUAGUGAAGAUGUUGCCAUGGAAUCAGGGGACAUGGAACAGAGGAUUUUGGAGAAUGGCUAUAUUUUUAAUAAAAUUGUAUUGGUGAGGGAAGAUCCCAGAAUAUGCAGUCCUGUCUUGAUUUGUGAUUAUUGAAUGAAGAGCAACAAAGCCUUGUAUGGGACCACGAUAUUGUGAUAACUAAGCCCGGAUACUACUGCCCAGAGAACAAUAAGUUAUUGGAUGCUUUGCAGAUGCUGGAAAUAAAUAAAACUAUUUCCUGUGAUAGAGUUCACUCAUUGGCGCUGAUUACAAUCAUUUUCCUAACAUUUCUCUGAUGCUUUGUUCAUGUUGCAUAACUUUAAGCUAUUUUUUCAUGGUGUUAGAUUUCUUUAAGCUCAGUUGUAUCCUUGUUCUCUCCUUAGAAGCGGUCAGUGGAAGAUUUAAAGGAGCGCUACUAUCACAUCUGUGCCAAGCUGGCCAACAUCCGUGCUACCCCAGGCACUGACUUGAAAAUCCCUGUUUUUGAUGCUGGCCAUGAAAGGCGCCGGAAAGAACAGCUAGAGAGGCUAUAUAAUCGGACACCAGAGCAGGUAAUGUCAGGAAAUGUUGCAAGGGAGCCUGGCCUCACAUUAUCUUACACUGGACCUGUAGCAAUAGCUUGUCAUUUCUGGGUACUCCCCAGUGCCCUUCAGGGCUGCUAAUGUGACUCCUGUUGGAGGUAGUAGUAGGUGCACCUGCCAUCCUUUAAGCGUGAUUUAUCAAGUAAUGGGCAUACACAUAUUAAGUGAUCAAUGUGAAUAAUGGAAUAACUACUAGAAAACAAAGUGUGUUAAAAUAUGUUUUAUUUGAGUUUUGUCUGAGAAGGAUAGAAGCAUAGUGCUGAUUACACUUGUCAGGUUCUAUCUCUGGAUUUCAGACAAUGCAUUUAGCAUAUUUUUCUUUUCAGUAAUGCAGUGGUGUCCACACUUUUUUCAAAGAGGGCCAGAUUUGAUGAAGUGAAGGGCUGUGAGGGCCAACCAAAGUUGUUGACCUUUUUUUAGGAUUGAAGUUGUUGAGCGGAUUAGGUCCCCGAAACUACUGUAUGGGUACUUGCAUUACCUGGAGAAAAACAGUUGCUUUCAUGAAACACCCUGGACACGCCAUCAUUUUGUAGCUUGUAGUUUGUCUUUUGUAGCUCGUAGUUUGGUGGUGAAGGAGCUGGCAGCAACUGCCUGAUCUGGUAUUGGCUGAGAAUGUUAAUAAACAUUCAUAUUUCUGAGGAAAUGAAACAAAGUGAAAGGUAGGUUUGACUGUGUUAAACACACUCAGAAAGCUCUGUGAGCAGGAGUAUCUGUGAGGGUAUAGCAAGGGCAGCCUGUGUGCUGAAAAUGGGGGAAGGGGUCAAGAAAGGAAAGGCAUGGACUUGUAAAUUAUGUGUGGUGGAAGAAAGUGAGACUGUGAAGAGCCCUUAUAUAGGCAGGAGAUACGAAAAGAGAGACAAUGAGAUAGUGACAUUAACAACGUAGAAUCUAUAUACUAUAGCCUGCUAUAUACAUAGUGAGAGCUUUGGAGUCUGAUUGGCUGUGGAAUCUAGUGUUUCACGGCUUCAUGAGCCUUUAAAAAUUGCUUGGGUGAGAACAUUGUACUAUUUGUUGCUGCUUUUGUCUCUCCAGUAGUAUAUUACUUGGCUCCCAGAAGACCACAGGGCAGGUGAAACCCAGGCCAGAAGCACAUCUGUUGCCAUUAAGUGGCCCCUUUGGAUUGCUUUUCCAGUCAUGUUUCCGUUUCACCUGUAGGUGGCAGAGGAGGAAUAUCUAAUCCAGGAGCUGCGGAAAAUCGAAGCCAGGAAGAAAGAGAGGGAGAAGCGAACACAAGACUUGCAGAAACUCAUCACCGCCGCUGACACCACCACUGAACAAAGACGUGCAGAGCGCAAGGCACCCAAGAAGAAGCUGCCACAGAAGAAAGAGACGGAGAAGCCUGUAAAUAUCUUGUGCCUGCCCUCUUUGUUAGGGUCUACCUUGCCAUUUGUCUGCCACGGCCUGGGGCAGGGAGUGAGGGGUGGUUUGUCGGUCCUCGCCAUAUAAGCAUUGUUUCUGUGUUUUUGUUUGUUUCUUUUUAGACCCUCAUAUCUCUUGGGGUGUGGAGAAAAGUUGGGUUUCAAUCAUAGCAAGCUGCAGAGGGAUUUUGGUUAAGCUGGAAGGACUUGAAAGUGCUGCACUAGGAAGGAGAGAAACUGGACUCAUGCAAAGCCCUCUCAGAGAGCAAGCAGUUCAGUGGUUAGUGAAUACACAGCAAGGAACUUGCUCUUCUUUGUGCCAUGCAGCAUAGCAACACAAGGGGAGAUUAGGGAAAUUUGAAAGAAGCACAUUUUUCAGCUGAUUUCUUCUAAAAAAUUACAAUUACAGGAUGAGGUAGUGGUCAGACUCCCUUCUCGGGUUUCCCAGAGCUUCUGGUUCUGCAUAAUUGACAGGCUUGCAGAGGAAUUGAAGCUCUUCCAAUCUAGGGUUAAGCCAAUAUUUUUGAAAUGUUAAAGAGAAUGAUCUUUAGUUGAUGUUCCUGCCCUCACCUAGAACAAGUGUUUUUAUGCCUUCCUAAAACCUCAAGAUGGUAGGUGUAAAUGGAUAACAUAAGGAGCAGCAUUGACAUUCAUUUAUUUAUAAAGAAAAAAUUAUAUGCCACCCAUACACAGAACACCAAGGUGGUGUACAAAAAAUACCAAUGUAAAUGCAAUGCCUCUUUGCCUCUACCUUUCCUAUGUUCAGUUGUGAACUUCUCACUCUUUCUAUGAAAUAUUAGACCACAAUAUGAUUUACAUGUUGUGAGUGGUGGAACAACGGAAUGUCUUAAUAAUAUAUGAAACGUCUAGCACUGUGUUUUAUUUAGAAUACACUGUGGAAUUACCGCAUUGACGCCAUGCAGUUUCUGGGGAAAGGACUCUGCCUUUCAGAUGGCUCUAAGGAGGGAGAUGAGUAGGAAGAAGCCACUAAUACUUAAAAAAGAAAAGGAAAAAAAGUGUGCACCACUUUGUGUCACUACAGGCUUACUGCUUGUUAGGACUGCUCUACUGACUUGGGUUGGGCUGCCCUGAAGGUUUGUGGUUUCAGUUUCCCUUUGCCUCUUAGUCAGCCAGAUUGUUCCAUGCCAUGCAGCAUGUGGAAUCAAAUAGCCACUCAAAAUGCUUGAGGCGUGUUUGGCUGUCUCCCCCAGUAUUGCCUGGGGCCCUUGUGCCUGCCUAUAGGUAAGCACCUCAGGGCUCCUGAAGGCAGCUUCUGUUGUUGCACUAGUGCUGUUUCAACCAUGACAGAGUCCAUUAGGAGUCAAUUACCAACUGUAGCAGGGAAACGUGUGUGUGUUUUUUUGAAAAAAAAUGCAUUUUAACUAAGAAUUUGAAUUGAGGGCUGUAUCAGCAUCAUCUCAACAAAGGGAAGUCAUUUACCAAAGAGUCAAUUGAGGUUGAAGCAUUUACAGCUCAUGCUGGCGUGUGAGGGAUAGCAACCUGUUUAAUUGCUCUGAUGUGAGGUGAAGACAGACUGUGCAGUGUGGGAGGGAGUUAGUGUGUCCCUCAUUUUCAUUAGGGAUUAGGCGGAUAAUUGUCAAGGGGAGAUGGCAGGGGCAUGCCCAAAACUGCUCCAGGAUUCUCUUGAACAGAAUAACAUGGAGAAGUUUGGUUGCAUCAGUGCCUUUAGUAUGGAGCGGAGUCUGCAGGUCCCAGCAUGCACUGCUGCGGUCAGUGUAGAGUUUAUCUGUACCCCCUCCUGCUGCCAUCACGGUAGUCCAUCUUUCUUGCUUUGGCUUCAGGUCACCCUAGGCACUAGGUUCAAUUUAUUAACUAGGGACUGCAAUAAAAUGUUCUUUAAUACUGUGUGUGUCAGGCUAAAGAGCCCCCACAACAGAUUUUGACUCUUUAGUGAAGGGCCAAAUGAUAAAGGGAAUUUGUCAUAUUAUCUUCCCUCUGGUGUCCCGAAGGGAUAGAAUAACUAAUUUGUUGUAAUCAACACAGUUUCCUGGGCUGUGAAUGGGGGCUUUCCUUUGUUUGCAACGUGGGAAAUCAAAUGGCAUAGCUUCAACAGGUUAGGUCUUGGCCAAACACAAGUAAGAAAGUUUGCUGCUAAAUGACGGGAGAUAAUUCCCUGCUCAGCGAAUUAUCUUAGUGAUUAUUGUACUAGUCAUCAGUAUUUCCUUGGGUUCACAGAAUAUAUCAGUUGUCUCAUGGAUGAUCCAUGGUAUAUCUCUUUACAAUAUUGAAAUUUCUGGGUGGAAAGGCUUUUUUUAUUAUUAAUAGAAGAUGUUCAAUAGAAUGAUGUGUUGGACUGGUGACAAUUUUUCUUUUGAGAAGCAUAUAUGUACCAAACAUAUAUGUAUCCAACUCAGCCCGUCUUCUGACUUCCAGUCAGCUUUAACAGCUUCCUAGGAUUACUAUAGCUCCCUUUUAAUUAAGCAAGACCCACGUUAUUUGGAGGCAAAGAUAGAGGGAUCUGCAAUAGAGCUUAUUAUGUUGGGUUUCUUUCUUCCUCUGCUGAGGAUAUGCACACAUGCUUUUAAAAUUAUAGCUUAAUUGUCCAAGAAUUUAUUGUAUUGAAGCAUUUGUGAAUCUGCAGUGUUUAAACAGCGGAUAAAUUACAUGCUUAGCUUGUAAUGGGAAAAUAUUUGGCUAGAAGAGAAAGACAUUAUUCCUGGUGAAAAAUGCAAGGCACUAUGAGAUGGGUAUAUUUCCCCACAGCAUGAAGUUCAUGCAGGGAACAAAUGGCUAGAACAAGAAUAGUAAAGUUGUUGAGUACAAAUGGUACAGAAGUUAAAUAGUUAAUGGAAAGUGAUACUAAUCUUGGUUUAUUGGCCGUAAACAUGGAACAGAAAACAUGCAAUGAUCAGGUGGGGAAAGUUUAAAGAUAUUCUUAAACAAAUCUUAGAUUCUCAAGAUUUUGAGAAGUCAUAAUUUUGCAUUUCAGAGUUGCACUCCAAAAUAUAUCCAUACUUGGGACCAUGCAGGGUUUUAAAACCUGCUUUGUAUCCAGGUUUGUAGUUAUACUAGCGUGUUGUGAGUUCUACAGGUCAAGACUAUAAGGUUGCAUUCAGUGUAGUGUUAAGGUGAAUGUUCUGUCAGUUCAAGGGUUUCCUUUGCUCAGCUGAAUGUUCUUUUCUCUCCUCAUGCGUCCCCAAAUCUGUUCUGGGGGUUCCCCCAACCCUCUGGUUCAGAUUUGGAUCACAGGGAGGAGGAAGGGAGAAAUCCCAUUGUGCUGGAGCUAAUCCUUGUGCUUCUGCAAGAAUUUAAUUGACUAUUGCUAUAAUGCUUUAGGGCUGGGGGCCAGAAGGCAUACCCUCCAAUAUUCCGCAUGAAAAUAGGGACAUUCUAUGCUUUAGAAAUGUCCCUAUCUUCAGACUGUUCAGGUAGCAAUGGGCAUUCUACUUUAUGCAGCAUAGUAAAAAGACUGAGGCUAAAAUAAUUCAGAAUGGAUCAAAGCAAACAGAUUUUAAACCAGUGAGCAAAUCAGUGUGGUGGUUGACUAACUUUGUGUAAAAUGAUUCAUGAAAGUAAUUUUAUCUAUUGGAGUCUGUUUUCAGGAAUUGGGCAAAACAAAGAUGUAGAAGUUAAUUGAGGUUUUGGAGACCUAGGAAACCUGAAUAGCAUUCUUACAGUCCUAGCUAGUGUGAGGCCCUGUAGAUUUUAGCCUAGUAGAAUCUUUCUGGUUCAUCCAGAAGAGACUGCUGUUAGGGUAGUGCUGCUUUUAAGGACAAUGUCACAUGUUAUGUCAGUAUAGUUUGUGCUAUUUUGUUUCGCCUAGCGCUAUGAAACCCUUUCCAUGUCCCACUGGUUGUUUUAGAUGCAAUUUGCCUCCAUAAUUUUUAGUACGUUCCUAGUACGGCUAGAUUUGUACCAGCAGACAUUGUUGAUAUCUUAACAUAUCAAAGCCACCUUUGACAAUUUAAAAGGCAUUAAAAUUAAUGGGUGCAGUUCUCAAAAUCCAUAGUUUCCCCCAGUCUUGCUUAGCAGGGCCUUCUUAGCGCAGACAUUGACAGCUGCCUCUCUGUCAGAGAGUGGUCCUUGUACAACCUUUUGCAUUUCCUUUUCUAAACAUAUGCUGUCUCUUUCUCUUUUAGGCUGUUCCAGAGACUGCUGGCAUCAAGUUUCCGGACUUCAAGUCUGCAGGUGUCACACUGCGGAGUCAGAGGGUAGGCUACUAUGUUGGUCGUUGGAGCCCUGUGUGGAUGCUUGAUUGCUUUCAUUUCCUAUUUAUUCUCCUUUAAAAGCUGUUAAAGGUCCAUUGGAGUCUGGGCUGUAAUAUCAAUGUGGGUUCUGGCUGGUCUCAGAAAUAAUAGCUGUGUGUUUGCACUAGAGGCCCACUAGAGGUGCCAGUUGUGCAUGGCUGAACUAGCUUCUUUGCUCCUUAAGCCUCAACUGUUCUGACUAUGUCUCUGUGCUCUUAUGCUUCCAUCUGAGGUCAGGUUAUCAUUCCUGAUAAUGGGACCCCAGCAGAAUAUGUAGCCAGGAGAAGAGUCCUGGGAAAAUCAUUGGGAAAUGGGUCACAAGCUAGCUCUGUCUUCUGCAAACUGCACUGUUCCCACGAGUAGUUUUAAAAUAAAAAUUAGACAUCUGGAUUUUGCAGCAUUCUUCAUGAGAAGAAGCAGUUGGGACAUGGAACUAACUUUCUGCCUCUUUUGAAGUUAAUCAGAGGGCAUUUUUAAUAUUACAAUGUUAACUCGGCAAAUAACUUUCUGUUUCCCCAUUCUGUUGCUACUCCCCCCCCCCAUUUACAUAAUGGUUCUUUUUCAUAAAUGAUAAACAAGGCAAAGGUGUUAGGUGCAGCUUAGACCCACUGCCCAGCAGUCUCCCUGCCUGAGCUGACAGAGCUGGUCUCAGAGCCUGUGUUGAGGACUCCCAGACUGCUGGUUCUGGGGGACUUCAACAUCCAUGCUGAAGUAACUGGCUCUGGGGUGGCUCAGGGCUUCACGGCCACCAUGACACCUUUUCCCCUCUGCAGAGGCAGGGGAUCUAUUAGGAUGGUCCACCCUCAGAGGCAGAUGGAUCCAAUGGGUUUCCAGUCAGCGCUGGGGUAUUUCCCAGCUGAUAUGACUGGUGCUCUUGUCAAAGCCUCGGCCGACCUCUGGAACAUCUGAAUGGCAAAAUCACCUGCAUCCGCUGGUGGGAUCUUGAGUUCACGAGUACAACAUAUGAAUUUCAAAGGGUAUCCUGAGCACUGUCUAGACCUGUUGUGUUGGAUGAGUUUUAGUUUGGAAGGCUUGAUGUGGACAAGGUGCUUGGAUUGGUCAGGGUGACCAUUUGCGCUCUGGACUCUUGCUCCCCUUGACUGAUAAAAACUAACAGGGAGGGGACAGCUGGCUGGGCCAGGCAGGUGAUUACUGCCUCCUUGCGAGAUGAGGUGGUCCCUGCCCGCUUGAAGGAGGCAAUAGUGAAAUCAUUCCUCAAGAAACCUUCCCUGGAUUCAGAAAAUCUAAGUAACUACCGGCCAGUUGUCAAGCUCCCCUCCUUGGUCAAGGUUCUUGAGCAAGUGGUUGCAGAUCAGAUCCCUUCCUUGUUAUUGAGCAAGCUAAUCACUGAUGUCGUUGUCAGGGUUGUGGCUUUGCUGUAUGACAUGUCUCAGAACUCCUAAUACAGUAGGAAGAGCGAAUUGGCAUAUAUGAGAAAUCUGUUGCUGACAGUAGGUUAAUUGGUGUAACUUUGGGAUAUGCCUUGGAAUGCUACUUGGAGCAGCAGCAGGGAGGUGAGUGGCUAUCGCUUGGUUCAGCCUUAAUAACAAACCAUGGUUUGUUUGCUUAGAGCAUGAGCCUUGGGUUUACAUGGUCUUCCCACUUCUUUUCAAGUGAGGAGAGGAGAUUGAAAGCAAUUUCUUGUUUUGUCCAAACCUGAGGAAACUGAAGUUUCUCCACUUUCAAAAAGAAAAAAGAAAAAAAAGGAAAGAUGGGAGAGUGCAUGAGACUUUCAUUUGAAACAACUGUCUGAAUCAGGCCAAAGCAUUGAAGUGAAAUGUUCUGGCAAGGUCACCAGGUUUUCCACAGUCUUCAUCAUACUCCAGCAUGGACAGGGACUUUGGCUUAUUAGGCAGGCCUGGGUUUAGUUUUGCAGAGAUCCUAGACCAGGGGUCGGCAACCCGCGGCUCCGGAGCCGCAUGUUGCUCUUUUACACCUUUGUCGCGGCUCCAGGGCGGAUACUAGCGAGGGGAGGAGGCGCAUUGUUCGCCCCGACACUCCCCACUGUGGAGGGUGCUGUGACGUCGCAUGGGGGCGGUGCGUGCGUUAGUCAUGCACCGUCCCGACGUCACCUUCCCGCCCACCUGCCCGCUACAUUGUAAGGGGCAUGUACGCUGGUCACUGCAUUGAAAGGGGGCAUGUACGCUGGUCACUGUUUUGAAGGGUAGUGAAGAACACACACAAACAAAAAGGUAACUUGUUAAUUUAACGUUUAUUUCUAUGAGGAGGAGUAAUUCUGAGGGGUCAAACAAAGAAAUAAUAAAAAAGUGACAAAAAAGUUAUUUUUAUAAUGGCUCCCAGUUUUUUUUCCUUCGGAAACAGGUCCAAGUGGCUCUUUUUGUCUUAAAGGUUGCAGACCCCUGUCCUAGACUAUUACUUAUUUUAGUCCCUCCUUCUGAACUCAAAUCUGUACCAUCUUUAUCAGCUUCGUUUUAUACUCAACAUAGUAAGCAAGAUUUUAUAUUUUUGUUUAUUUUCAUGCAACUAUAAAACUAAAGAUUAAAAAACCCAUCCACCAGCAAGGAUUUCUCAUGUUCUGUAUUAUUAGAAGUACUCCAUUAACAGAGUUUGUCUUUUGCCCAGGACCAUUUCCCCCUCUUCAAAGAUCUUGAGAUGCCUAAAAUUUAAGACCAUAGUCAUAUGCCAAGACUGGUCGUUGGUAAAUCUAGCUCCAUUACUGGGAUAUGUUGUCAUUAAAUAUCAACAUUGUUUUGGCUAGGGAAUCACUGGGUGAAAAGAUAUUGGGCGAUGAGAAUUGACCUUUGACCACUCAUUUAACCUUGUCUGAGGUCCCAGUUCUUGUAUUAGGAGUGUAGCCCGGCUGCCAUUGCUUUGUAAUUGGAUCCUUUGCUUCGCUGGCAAGAUUCACAGGGCAGAACUGCAUAGAAUGGGGGGAUAAAAUGCUAAGUUAACAUCAGUGCACUAGUGCCCAGCCUUUCCUGCAGCCAUGCUAUAUCCAUAUCUCUUAAUUGGGCCUCUGUCUUCAAGGGUUAAUAGUUUUCUCUAUGCUACUGGCACUCAUGGAGCCUGGAGGCUUUACCAAUAUUUGUGUGGCAUUUCCAAAGCUUCUGCAAGUGAUUGUGAUUCUAAGUGUUGGCCAGGAUUGGGAAAAGCUGGCUUUACUGGGCUGUUAUUUCUGCCAGUAUGUGCUUUGGUGCCAGCACUCCCACCUCUGUUUUUGAUUGACAAGGUUUGGAGAUGGUGUGCAGUGUGACAUACGCAAAGGUGAGCAGACAUGGAAGCCCUGGGGAGCAAUCGGGAGAGGAUUUGUUAACUGCCUGGAUUAAGUCCUCUUUCUAAACAGCUUGUUCAGAUUUUCUUCUGCAGUUCGUUGCAAUGGAGAAGCAAGGGGCAGCUUUGUAUCUAAGAUCAACGUGAUGUUUUCUGCAUAAUAGUGAGGGAAACGAUUUGCUUGAAUAUCAUAAAAAAACCAGUGCCCCCCCCCCAUUCUGGCAUAAUGAAGAUCUUACAAAUUAACAGAUUUGUUUGGAAGUGCCCUGAUAAUGUCCUGUAUUCUUUCCUACUCCUGAUAAUUUCCUUAAUUCGAUAAUAGUCUUUUAAAGCUUGCAGAGUAACCAAGUGCUGGCAAUCAGGAGUUUAGAGAAAUUUGAAGGGGGGAAAAGCAGUUAUCACUACAAGUUCUAUACAGAUCUUUUGCUUCUACAAUUAAUUAUCAGUAAUUAACAGCUGAAUUUGGUUUUCAAAAGACCAAACCUGAUCAUUGUAGUCCUUAAAGAAUUGAAUAAAAGCAAUCUUCCCUUUCUCAAUCUAGACCUCUUGGGAAGAGUGGGGUGUAGUAGUCACUUUGGAAAAGGGGCAGUUUUGUAUGAUUCAAAUAUAUUGUGUGCCAAUGAAUUUGAAAUGUGUGCACAAAUUUCAUAUCUCCCCUCACUUUUUUUGGGAGAAAUUAAUUUAUUCCUGUAGACUUUCAUGCUGCCAGCUUAGAAUAGAAUGAAGGCUUUAAAUUUGUGUUCUCUCUGAAUGUGGACUUCUUUUAUAUUUAACCUUAAUAUUCCCUCUGUGUUAAUAUACAUUUUGUCAGGCAAUUUUGGUGAUACGUUUUCUUGCUACCCUAUCCUCCUUGCUAAAGAGAACAUUGGCAAAGAAUAGGUGUGUGUUUGGGUUCUGCUUUGGGGCUCUUGCCCUGAGUUUAUGGGAUGAGGCAAGAGGUCUGGACUCUAGACUGCUAAGUCUUUGAUAAUGAGGCAAAAACAGUAGGAUAAAAGAAAGUUCUUAGCAGCCUCAGAGCCAGGGAGCGCACUGGGAGAUGCUGUGGUGCAAUUGUUUAGUUCACAGCUGGACACCUUCCACCAAGAAAGGCUUCCAGCCGGCAGUUUUACUUGUUACCUGCUAACUAGGAUCUUGUAGACAAAUUGGUGGUCAGACCAAUUAAAAAGAAAUAGGGGGAGAGGGAGCUUUCAUUCCCAUUGAUUCACACAUCCACCCUCACUGGCUUUUAAAUAUUUACUAGCCAACUGAGCACUUUUUUAGCACUGAUUAAUGAGGUACAAUCUACUGUGGUGCUUGCUUUCUCGGAGCACGGGGCUGGGGUGGGGGCUAGGAUUGUACUACGCAUUCAAGAUAAACGAGUAUUUUGGUCAAAGCUUGGCACGAGGGAGGGGGGCGGCUUAGGUAUGUGUAUAUAUUAAAUGCAUGUUCUCAAUAUUUGAUUUGUUUCGCUGUGAAGCAGUUGUGUGCGCUGCCUGUUUACUCUUCACCAGAGGCCCUUGGCCAUGCGCCUUCUCUCUGACAUUAAUGCAGAGCCAGACCUCAUCAGCUGCUAACGGGGGAAACAUCUGUCUUUCUUCGCUUGAUCAAUACUGUCCCUUCAGAGGCCGAGCCUUGAAAGCAGUUACAUAAAAUACCAGUAAUAUUUAUUUGGAUUUGAUAAAUUUAAUUACUUGGAACAAUUAAUAAUUUAUCUCUUUAGUAUUGACUGUGCUGCAAGGCAUUUUGGUGAGAUAAGCUGAUGGUAAUCAGCACCUUCUUAUUAGCCGGAAAUUGUAUGUUGCCACGAUGGGAAAAGACUUCCAAUGGUUAGAAAGAUGAAGUGUUCUUGUUGCUUUUACUGACACAUUCAUGUAGUAACAGCGUGCAGAGCUAGACUCCACUACACAAAUGUGUGAGAUAAUAGCUUGGGACAUGGAGCACGUGGCAAGAUGGGCGGAAAGUGUGAUUUGAAUGUCAUCUCUGUUUUACUAACAGAUAUUGAGCGCUGAAGCAAUACAACUCAGAAGUAUUCUUCUAACCCUUCAUCAGUAUGUCCAGUACUGCGGUGGUUCUCAGAUCUUUUACUUAUGGGAGACUGGUUGUAAAAAAUGUGGGGCUUGUGUAAUACUGUCAUGCCAGUGGAUAGGAUUUCCUCUCCUCCCCAUCUGCUCCAAAGGGUCUCCCAGCUCUCUGGAGGGAAUUUGGGGAGAUUGCGGAAGGAGGAAAGGAAGGGUAAGCAGAAGUUUUUGUCAUGCCAGUGUGAUGCCACAAAUGGCUGUCACCCUUGCUUAAUUGAAAGAUGAGAUUUCAUAAGCUAAAGCGCCUGAUCACAAAUGCACCAAAUGGGCAAUGAAGGUUUCGUAUGAAUGUGCAAGUGUGUGUGCACCCACUUACCCCUGCAUUUGGGGCCAAAUUUAAAGUGCUGGCUUUAGCGAUUGAAGUCUUAAGUCCAGGUUAUGUGAAAGACUGCCUGUACCUGCAUCAGGCUGCCUGAGCUUUAUGAUAAGUUAUGGACACUAUAUUUUCUGAACUAUAGAUUAGAGGCUAAUGGGUAUCAAGAAAAGGGCCUUUUCAGUGGUGAUCCCACAGUUACAGAAUAUGACCCCCACCCCCUGCCCGUGAAGUGACUUUUACUUGCUUUCAGAAAAGGAUCCUUAAGAUGUUCUUAUUUUAAUCAUCUUUUUAAAUUCUUUUUUUAAAAAAUAGUUGUCUUUUACUGCUAACUUUAAAUGAAUUACUUAUAUGAUUGAAUGCAUCUGUUCUAUUACUGGUUUUAUAUGCUGCCUUGGGAGGACAAUUGUCCUGCCAAGUGGAAUGUAAAUCUUUAAAUAAACAAAUACCUGAUACCUGAAUUACUAGUUUUGCUAAUAAUAUUUGCAUAUAUUGGUUUAUUAAUUCUGCCUUUAGUGCACUUCUGAGAUUUAGCUCUAGGCAGAAGGUUGGACAUUGAAAGGCUUCUGGUCCUUUCAGAAUAUUGGGUUUGGGGCAUGUACCCAUGUAGUAAGGUGUUAAGUUUUGUUAGAGCCCAUUAUUUGCCAGAAUUACUUCUAGGCAUGUGCCAGAUUGCUUAACAUGGCCUGGAAGUAAUUUUUGCAGCGUAAUCUUGGAAGAAUUUGGUCCCCAAUCAGAGUCAACCUUCCUGUGAUUUGCGUAUAGUAAAAUGCAGCUGUGAGUGAAAGAAUUUCCUUAAAAGUGAGCUGUCAUUACAAAAAUAGCCUAGAAUCCACAUAAAGGAAAGAACAGCUGAAAAGCGUAAAUACUUUGCAUAGCUGUGAACAAUCAAAUACUAAAGGAAGAACUCUACUCAAUCUGCAGCUGUGACUGAAAAAUGCCAAGAGGAUGUUGGGUCACAUAAAGGAAGGGAAACCCAUAUGGAAAAUAUCCUAAUGCUCCUGGACAAUUUGAUGGUUCCCUCUUAUCUGGGUAAUGUUUGCAUCGCUGCUCACUUUAUCCUUCAAAGGAAAUUACUCAGUCGGAGCUUGAGAAGGUGAUUUCACAACCUCCUUGGGCAGCCUGUUCCAUCGCUGUAGUGAUCUGACAGUUAGGAAAACCUUUCCUAAUGGAUGACUUAAAUCUAAAUGCUUUUAAUUGAAAUCCUUUGGUCUGUGUCUUAUUCCUAAAAGACAUGGUGAAGAAAAGUUCUCUCCAUCUUGGGAGUUGAGGAUGGAGGUGGAAACCCACCAGGAAUGCCUUUCUGUGCAACCCUCACUGAAAUGAGUUGAAGUUGCACAGCAGUACAGUAUUUGUGUGUUAUGCCCAUUGAUUCCAGAGCCGCUGGCUCAGAACCCAAAGUGGAUCAUGCUCUGCAUGUGAAUCUUUAGAUAUGGUUACAGGAAAUCUAGGACAGCGUAAAAAUGGCUGAUGGUAUGCAUUUAGUAGAUUAUUGUUUUACAAUAAACCUUGAAGAGUGGCAGACAAAAAUCUGCCCUUUGAUCAGAUUUAAAUACAACGGAGGAUGAGCUCACUUCUCUAGGGUGACCAUAGCGUGGAAUUUAAAGCCAGUUUGGACAUUUCUGUGAGUGAAAAAGAAAGCAAUUCAGGGCUUGAGCAAUUAACAGGAAAUAAAAAAACUCAAAUUCCAGGGAUGUUUCUAGUGCCUGAUUGGAAGCUGUAGAAAAAAGAAGACAGAUUUUUCUUUUUCUUUUUUUAAAUAAUAUUUAUUGAUUUUCCAACCAUUUAAACACAAUAAAGCAGAAAAAACAAAAAAGGAAAAGAAAAAGCAAAGCAAAGAAAAGAAAAAACACAAUAUUAACAAAACAAGACGCAAACCAUUUAAAACACAAAACAAUUUCAAUAUCUUAACUUUCAUUCCCUUAUUUCCACGACCUCCUCACACCUCCCUUUUUGUAUUCCACUUCUAUUAAUUGUUUCAGCAAUUCCUUUCCAUCUUCCUCUGUUUUCUAUCCUAUAAUUAUCUUAACAUAUUCUAAUCUUAUUUUUCCCUUUAAUACUCUAUUAGUCUAUUUAUACUUAAUUCCUUAUAGCAUUUCUACUAAAGCCAUAUAACUUCAUUCCAACAUUUUUCUAACAUUCAUUAUUUUUACAAUAUUUCUAUAAAUAAUCUUAAACUUUUUCCAGUCUUCUUCCACCGACUCUUCUCCCUGGUCUCGGAUUUCUGCCAGUCGUUUCCGCCAAUUCCAUAUAGUCCAUCAACUUCAUCUGCCAUUCUUCCCGGAUAAAUAAAUCUUGUGUCUUCCAGUUCUUCACAAUGAGUAUUCUUGCUGCUAUUGUUACAUACGUGAAAAGAGUUCUAUCCUUCUUUAACACCAAUUGGCCGACCAUGCCCAGGAGAAAGGCCUCUGGUUUCUUCAGAAAGGUAUAUUUAAAUACCUUUUUCAUUUCAUUAUGAAUCAUCCCCCAAAGUGUCUUAAUCCUUGGGCAUGUCCACCAAAGGUGAACUCUAAUCCUCAAAUUCGUCUGUUUUUCUUUAAGUUCAGUCAUAGCAAGCGUCAACUUAUAUUCAUCAAGUUUCUUCUGUAGGACUGGGGCUCUCUUGCUCUUUCUCUCCAGUUGUGUUUCUUUACAUUCAGCAACAACAGCUUUUUCCCUGGCCUCCUCCGCAGUUUGCCGUAUCGAAAUAGGUUCCUGUGUCAAUUUCUGGGUAGUUUCUAUAUUAGUAUUAUUUAUACUUUCUAUACUUAAGUUAGUUUUAAUGAUUGAAACAUCCACUUUCGCAUUUAUUGUGUCCAUUUUCCUGUGAAGCUGAUCCAGUGAAUCAUUUAUCUUAAAUAAUGCAGCCACUAGAGCCUCUUCUGUCAACAUUUCUCUUGGUUUUACAUAUACUGGUACCAAGGCUGCCACAGAAAAAGCAGGGGGGCCUGUUGGUGGACCUCUCCUGGAUUGUUGCCAAGUCCUCCCAGACCUUAAUGUUUUGUCAGCAGUUGACUGGUCUGUUUUUCCUCUUCCAUUAACCAUAACACUUAAAAGAUUCAAGGUCAGUCCCAGAGUCUCACGGUUUUUAACUUGCAGCUGGAAAUUUCCCUAACCCAACUCUUGUAAAGCAACCGGUUUCAAAGGCUUCCACUAGGGAAACAGUUUCUAUUUGUAAUAGUCAAUAGUAUCCUCUUUUAAACAAUCCGAAAAUUAGUUUCAAGUUAGUUUCAAUUUUCAGUUACUUUUACUCCUUUUUAAAGCAGCCGGAAACAGUAGAAACAAUGUAUUUCUCUUGUUUAACUAGCUGUCAAUGAACAUUCCAAAAGACGUCAGUCCUACCAGCAGCCCGUUUCCAGGGUCAGAGCGGCGGUGUUUUAGAUCUCUUCGCUCUCUCCUGCAGGCAUAUUCAGUCCACAACUUCCCCCCCUCUUCUCCUGCCUCCCAAGGGGGGUUUUGUUCUUUACCAAUGGAAAUUUAAUCUUUUACAAAAGACUUUCCAGGACUCCAGCUUGCAACUUCAUUGCCUCAGUCUAUUUACAAAAGGGGAAGGCGGACUUCCUGUUUUGAACCUCCCCGCUUUGAUACCAAAUUAUACUUUUAAAAAUCCAAUUCUCCCGUUUCAGCUCUACUCACGGGUAAUUACUUUAAAGUCAAAUUGUCCACAGGAAAAAGUCAGCGCUCUCUGGCAACGGCUGUGCGGCUUCGCUCAGUGGAAGAAGCAGACGAUUCAAAGCACCGCGCCACUCACCCCACGUCACUCCGGAGCCCCGAAAACGGGUUUCCCCACGAGUAGGGGAGGCGCAGAAGGUGCCCGCUGAAUCCCACGUUCACAGGCUUCUCCCGCCUGUGAUUCUUACGGGUCUCCGCCUUCGCCGUGGCGGCCAGACCCAAUUUCCCACGGGGCAAAUUCCUCCCGGUCAGAGGAAUUCCGCCAUUGCCGAUGGCGCCAACCCGGAAGUCCAAAGAAGACAGAUUUUUCUGAUACUUGUUGCUGCAAGAGUCUGGCACUUUUGUUUGAAUGCUUUGCAAUUGGACCAUGGACUUCAGUUGAGCCCAGAUGUGGUGGCACUCUCCUUGCAGAAUUUUAUGAGACCUAAAUGUAUCUCAAUCAGUGUUCUGAGCAGGCUUAAGGAAAAUGGUAAUGGUUUAAAUAAUAUGCUCAUAAUAGCCCUUACACACAUGCUUACACACAUUCUUACAGAGUCUGGUAGGAUCCUUGAUCAUUGUGGCAUAGAAUGUAAGCGCAAGUUCUUCAGUAGCAAAACCCAUGAAGAAAUGUAGUAGCUGUGCAGGACAAGUCGGAGCCUUCUUUGUGGUGGCACCCUAUUUGUGGAGUUUUCACUUAUUAACAGCAGAGGCGGCAAACCUUCAUAAAGACAAAGAGCUGCAUUCCCGUCUGUGAAAGCUUCUUGAGGGCCACAUGCCAGUGGCAAAUGAGGCUGGAGGCAAAUGUGGGCCAAGCAGCAAAUGUAAAUGUUGUCUUUAUACCAUAAACUAGUUUCUACACACACUGAUGCACCCACCCUGCUAUUCUCUGUCAGGACAAGCAAGAGGCAUUCUCAGAGUUCAAGGACACAUUCCAGCCAGGCAAAGGGUAUGAAGCAGGGCCUGUGAUGGGUGUUGCCUGGGGAGAGUCCUGAGGUUCGGCCAGAGAAGCCUAGAGGGUUUCAUUUGGCCUCAGGCCUGAGGUUCCCCACCCACAGCUAUGUUAGGCACCUACACUGUGACCACGUGAACAGCAAGUGAGGUGUACCUGUUUACUCAAACUUUUUAGGUUUUAAACAACUGACUGAUUUAGCUCUCUUCUCCUUUUUAGUUGUCUUUGUUGGUGUAAGAACAUAUUUUUUUGUUUUACUGCUUUUUAAAAAUAAAAGAGGGCUUGGAAGUGUGCCAGGCGUGAAUAUUCUUGCCUGUAUUGGUUCAUUGUCUUACUCUGGCAACCAGGAGGUUGUUUACUAGUCUGCUCCCUGCCAGUCUCAUUGGUGGUUCAGGGAGAAAGUCCCACCUACUUGCCCCUCUGCAAACUUGCUCUCUUCUUCCAGUCACGUGGCCUUGAUUCAUAUAUUGGUGUGUUGCCCUUUUAUUUAUUUUUCUCUUUCUGCACAGUUCAUGCAUUUACUGGUUGUUUAUAGCGAGGACAAAGGCUCAGAGUCCCUAAAUCAAAAGUGAUGCUGGCAUAAUUAUAAGCACAAGCUGGCGUUGCAAAGAGGGCUGCAGGGAGAGGUUGUCAGAAGACGGGAGAAUCCAAGAUAUAUUAACCUCAAAAAUUCCAGCUAAUCACUUCUUCAAUGUGAGCAAUCCAUUUUUUGAGAUAUGAUUAUUUGGGGACUUUAGUAAUAAUAAAUAAUUCUAAUAGAUUACAAAGAGGGAGGGCCUGACACUACAUGCUUUUCAAGAAUCCUUCCAUUGCACUUGCUUAACAACAAACUUUCUCCGGUGUUGCAGUGGGGUGCUAAGGGAAGCACUUUAUUGCCUAGUGGAAAAUAGCAGGUUGUGAUUGGCCACCUUUAAUCUAAUGUGGCUCCCGAAGGCUUUCAAUCUGCCAUAAAUAGUGUUGCCAUUUUGAGCUGAGAUGUGUUGCCAGAUACAGAAUGGUUGUUUCAGAUAUGUAGCCUGAAGUUUCCAUCUAGGUGGCUAAUGGCCACCAGCAUUUUUCGGAAGCAUCUUUGUCAAACUGAUUCAGCCCUGUGCCUCAUCCCAAUGUUUUGUUUCCAGCACUAUCCAGUCAAAGAGCAAUGCUAAACAGCUGGAUUAUUGCAUUAAUCUGCCCCCAUUAAAGAUCCAUGCAAGAUUUGUCUGGGAAAGAAAUGGAGAAGUGUGCGUAGGAACAAAACUGCACAUGCUACUAAUAUCAACUUCAUACUUGGUUUUACAUCAGCCUUCAGUACAUGUACCAACAUGUGACUAUUGACAUCCCCAGUUUUGCUCAUAAAUUGAUACAAGCAUCCUUUUGAAGCAGAAAGGGUUAAUUGACAGAGUUGGGAACGAAGCUGUAUCUCUUCUUAUCCAGUGUAGCGGGAUCUCUGCUGAAGGGCUGGUGCGGAAUGUGGACUCUUAAUGCAGGGAAACGUCCUUCCUGCACAUUAUUAGGGCAAUAACUUGGGACUCCUAGAUUAGAGGAACUUUAGUGAGCUCUGUCAGAAAGGCACUUCUAUUACAGGCGUUGGGUUACCCAGAUCUCUUUGUGGGCAAAUAGAGCUGAAUCUCACUCCUGAACCUAGAUAGGUCUCUGAAGGAAGCAGAAAAGAGCAUAGAACAUCAACAGUUUUAGUCACAGGUCCUGCUUGAGGGAAACGCCACACAUAGCCAGGGGAAUAGGUCCUUGUGGUAGCCAAAACCAGCACCGUUUAUCAGAGUCCUGCAUUUUGUAGCCUUAGAGUUCUGUUAAACUUGAUUGCACCAAAAAUCUUGCAAGAUUUGAGAAUGCCUGCUCUUCUUAGCUGCCUGUGCUUUUGGCUGCCGAGGUGAGUGGAGCAUUGGGCCUUCCCGCUGCCGUUGAGACAGCCAGGCUAACGGAGCCUACCUAACAGAUUAUCAGCGCCCUGUGAGUAAUAGACUCCUCAUUUAGUUUUAAUACAUUUUGCAUAGAGAGCAAUCAACCUUCAUCAGUCUUAAAGAUGAAUUGGCUUAGCCAGCUAAAUUUUAAAGAUAUUAGUUCGACAGCAGCCGCAUAAAUCAUAACGUUUUCUUAAUGACGGUAAAAUUAAAAUAUACUCUUGCUUGAAGAAGCCAAUGGAGCUUUCAUGUUCACAGGCCAAAUCCUCCCCCAAAAUUAAAGGAAAGCUUAAUUGAUGUUCUCUAAAGCCGAGUAAACUCAAAACAGUCCCGCUUCUCCUGCGUUGGCCUCGUAUUUCUUCUGCGGUCUAUUGGUAGAUCUAAAUCCAUCCAGACUGCUUCUGUCCCUUCCUAUUCUUGAAGCUGCCAAUAUAUCAGGCCAAAACAUAGCAAGGCAGUAAUCCUGGCUGUUUAAAGACUCUGGGUCCAGCUGUCAGCCCUUCCUCGCUUGUCAUUGAUGGAGCUCUGAUUGACACAUGAAGGAGAUCCUCCUUAUUUCCUUCUGCUAGUAUAUAGAAGACAGCAUAUCUGGAGCUGCGAUUAGCAGGGAGGAGUGAGCUAGAAACCUAACAAAGCUCUUUCAGAUAGGAAAGGUGCUUAUUCUGAAUGGAAAGCAUCACAUGGCUUCCCCCCAGAUCUCAGCCAUGCAAGUGUUGUUCUACUGGCUAGAAAACUUAUAUAGUGAGGUGGUAGAUUUUCUAAGGAUACAUGAAGAGCCUCAAAACAGGAUGUGAUGAAAUAGUGUUGCCUUGUGAGGAGAUGCUGUUCUCUUAAGCAGGGUACCAUGUGUUAAGAAUCUAAUCUUCCAUAUUUUAUUGCUGACCCUUGUUGGCAUCUUCAGAAUCCCAUUAGACAUCUCAUUCUGGCUACUUCCACAUACUCUAAGGCAGGGUUUCUCAAACUUGGGUCUCCGGCUGUUGUUGGACUACAACUCCCAUCAUCCCUAGCUAGCAGGACCAGUGGUCAGGGGUGAUGGGAAUUGUAGUCCAAAAGCAGCUUGAGGCCCAAGUUUAGGAAACCCUGCUCUAAGGGAACCUCUGCCUGCCCUUUGCGGAUUUGGGAAUUCUUCACAAUCCCCAUUUCUGGCCUGAAGUUCUGAGAACCUACUGCAAAGGGAUGGGCACUAUGGGGGGUAGUAAUGACUAAGAGAAGGCAAAAAUUAUUGUUGCCUCAUGAGAAUUCUGAUAGUGCCUACCUGAAACCAGGCCUCUGAUUGGCUUACCUUGGCAGCCAGUAGAAAUCUGUUUCCCUCUCACCACUGCAGUUGAUCCCUUCACUUGUAGGUGAGGCUGAUUUAUGUGAGUAUCUGUGCUGCGUCUUUCCUGAUUUUAGGCUGAUUGUUUUUCACAAGAUGGUUGUAACCAUGCUGUGAUUGUCCAUGAGGCUGACAGCCUUGGUGGUGUGUCCCAGCAGUAUUUGUCAAUGCAGAGAGACGCUUUACAUGCUAUAAUCCUCCUGCGAGUUGGUAAUGCGAAUCUGCUCUAAAUUAUUUAACUGGUCAGAGGCUGGAAGCAACUGGGAAGUUUUUCCAGUUUCCUGCUCCCAGUAUCUUCAUGACUUGGAAGUGGCCCUUUGAGAGAGGCUGAUAUCUGUAUUUCCUAUUGAAAAAUCAAGGAGCACCGACCUGAUACUGGAAACUGAGCAGUGGUGCUUGUGUAAGAAAAGGGCAAAGGGCAGAAAUGGAAAGAAGCAGGUAUCCAAAGUCGAUGCCCUUCCAGGUAGUCCUUGUUAUACUUGGGUUUUUGGAAGCCCAAAGGGUGUGUUUGAAGGCCAUUAGCUUGGCUAGUUUUCCCUUCAUGCUCAAGUCCCCCUUUCCCACUUGAAAUUGUGCUUGAGUUCUUUGUACUUUUCUUUAGCUGAGUUGCUCCUGCCUGUAGGGUUGUAGUGAGGGUGGUUUGGGUUUUUUUUUUUGAGCUAAGCGUGAUCUCAUGCCCAGCUUGGGUUCCGUUCCCUGCCCCUGCCUAAUACUUCCCUGCUCCCCAUACCCCCCUCAGCUCCACUGUGAAUGUGUGUUCACACUUCUGCCAAUUGAGUUAGUGUGUGUGCUCUUUGUGCCUCUUUGCGUCUUUUGUUAGAAAACUGGCUCUGUAAAUGAAUCCCACGGCUCUGGGCUCGGCAGGUAAAGGGAGAAGGAAGUCUGUUAGUGCACGAGUCUAAUCAGGCUGGCAAGAGCAAGUAAAGUAGGGCAGCAUCGCACAUUAGCUGCUGUGUAAUUGAGCUCUUUGAUGGGCAGGGCACUGCGGGAGAGGGUUCGAAGCGGAGCAGAACUUUUGUUGUUAAUUCAGUUGCACAUGGAAGCUGUAAAGCUGCGCAUCUCCGCAUCUUGGCACCGGGAGGAACUGAAAAGCCCUUGCGACCAGGCUUUUCAGUCCCUGCCCUUGGCCCUCGUCUGCAAACUUUCAGGCCUUCUUUCUGCCUCCCUCUCCCAGCACUUGAUUUCCCUUUUCUCUCUUUCUUUCUUUGGCUCGCUUUUUUCCCCGUGCACUAUAAAAAGCAAAGCUCCCUUGCCGUUUGAACUAGGCGGCUGUGAGUGAGGGCUAGCUCAGAGCUGUGUGGCUGUUACCUUUGUAUUCCAGAUGAAACUGCCGAGCUCCGUGGGACAGAAGAAGAUUAAAGCCUUGGAGCAGAUGCUGAUGGAACUCGGAGUAGGUGAGUAAAGAGGGCAGGUAGAGAGAGAGAGAGACCCAUGGAGCAAAGCCUUUGUAGUCGAGAGGGGCUAUUUUUUCCCCCAAGUAAUACAGCCAGUUCCUUGAAUAACACUAUGUGAAUGGGUUUGAAAAUAAGAUCUUAUGUGUUUUGUUAAAAAAAAAGCAGCAGCAGCAGAGGGGUAAAAGCCAGAAGAUGAUGCACAAGAAUAUCCCCCCUCAAAAAAUUCCUCCCAGUCGAAAAGUAUUUGAACAGAGUCUUUUGUCUCUUUCUCUCUUGUUUGGGUUCUUUAAGCCAUCGAGAGUGACAGCCCAGUAUUAAGGAGGCAAAUCUCUUCGUGCAGGGAGAGGUACUGUGAAAGGGGUUAGUGGCCAUUGUCUGUGAGACUCUGCCUGGCUUUUGUGCAUCCUUGUUGCUCCUCUUCUGGAUGGGUCCCAUGCGACCUGUGUGGGGAUAUGCCUGGCCUGCACUUUUUGGCUAAGGGGCAAAAUACAACCCCCCUCUAGCCUCUCCUGGGUAGGGGAGGCAGUGGACUCCCUGGAUUCAGCAAGUACAGUAAUGCUUGGCUUCAGUGGCUUGCUCAGGUUGUGUACUAACGGGGUUGCACAACUGAUGCCUUCCUUUGAAGAGGAGCUUAUUCUAGACCAUCCCAACCUUGGGUCUCCAGCUGAUUUGGGACUACAACGCCCAUCAUCCCUAGCUAGCAAGACCAGUGGUCAGGGACGAUGGGAACUGUAGUCCAAAAACAGCUGGAGACCCAAGGUUGCAAAAUACUGAUCUAGACUGUCCUCACAUCCCUGGCUUGGCACAGCAGUGAAGGCUUGGCUGGCAGUGAGUCUGAUGCAGGCAAAACUUCCCAGUUGUGCUACAUCUGGGGCAAUAAAGGACUUCGACUUUUUAAUGCUUUCUGCUUUAGCCAGUAUGGACUGAACGAAGACCUACAGAGGAGCAUUGGAGCAGUCUGCAGCUGGCAAGGGACAGAGUUCCCUUGCUUAACUUUUUUCCUUUCACCUCCUCCAGACCUGAGUCCAAUGCCGACAGAGGAGAUUGUCCAGAUGUUCAACGAGUUGCGCAGUGAUCUGGUGCUGCUGUAUGAGCUCAAGCAAGCAUUCGCAAACUGUGAAUAUGAGCUGCAGAUGUUGCGGCAUCGCUAUGAGGCAUUGGCCAAAGCGGGUAGCACAGGGCCCAGCACAGAUGGUGGCUCACAUGCUGAUGGACAGUCAGGCUUGUGCACUGAAGAGAGCAAGGGUGACGCAAAGGAGCAGAUCAUUGAUGUGGUGGGGGCUCCCCUCACACCCAAUUCGGUGAGUAGAUAUUGAUGUUGGCAUGCCCUUGCACCCCUUUAGGCCUGCUUGAAACACUAUCACUGCAAAGGUCACUCGGGAAUCAUAGAAUUGUAGAGUUGGAAGGGACCCCAAGGGCCAUCUAGUCCAACCCCCUGCAAUGAAGGACUCUGAACUAAAGCAUGCAUAGCAGAUGGCCAUCCAAUCUCUGCUUUAAAACCUCAGAGAGUCCAUCACAUCUUGUGGGGUUCUGUUCCACGGUCGAACAGCUCUUACUGUCAGAAAGUUCUUCCUGAUGCUUAGUCAGAAUAUCCUUUCUUGUAACUUGAAGCCAUUGGUUUAAGUGCUACCAUUCAGAGCAGGAGAAAACAAGCUUGCUCCAUCUCCUCUCAGUAAAGGAGAUCCUCUGUCUUUCCGCUCCAUGGUUCUAUGCCCAAGAAAGUGGAGUAAAUGGGAUUACUCCAAUGACUUUUGCUUAACAUGGAUAUGAUCAGGUCAUUAGUCAGCUGGCCACCAAACCCUUCUUGCUUCCUUGCAUAAUGGCUGUCCCAGUAUGUUGGCACAGCAGUGUGUCAGGUUUUUUUUUUUUAAUGACUUCUUUUUUUGAUAUUCAAGUAACUUUCUCUGUAAGCUCUAAAGGUGACAUGGAGUUUUGAGUAAUUGCUCAUUCUUAGAGGCUUCUGCUACUGAAUGGGCUUCACCAUACUAUUGAGCCCCACAUCUGUGUGUCAUAAAUUCUCACCUGCUUUGGGGGGCGGGGUCUGCAAGCCUCAGCAGCAGGCCAGUUCAGAAUCUGUUUCUUCCUCUAGAGAGUUUUCACUGACUUGCGUCUGUUUGCAAAACAUUGCACUUAUGUUUCCCUAGUGCUGCUCUUUUCCAACUCCAUGCUUGGAAUAGGAACAAAAAGAAUGAAGGCAGCACCAGGAGGGUUAAUGUGACCUGGGCUCUGACAUAUUUGAAAGAAAUAUAAUCAAGUUAAUUCACUGCAAGGCAAAUUUGGUACCUAAAGGGCCCCCCUGUUAAAUACAGCUCUGACCUUUACCGGCUGGUUACACAAAGACGACACAAUUAGAUUAGUCCAAGACAAAAGGUCAAGCGCAUUCACACUGUGACCACUUUAUGCUGUCUUUGGAGGGGAAAGAAAUUCCACCCAGCAGGAGGGGGGCAUCUCAGGGAGGUUCACUGUUGCUGCCAAGAUGGAGGGGAGGGGCAUAAGUAUGUGGGGGAGUGGUGUCAUUGGGGUGUGUGUGGAAUGACUUCUGCCAAUCAGAGAAGCUGCCCCACUUUCGGUGGAGUGUGUGUGUGUCUCCCUGCCCUUCAGGGAGCUGAUCCUGCUGCUGUAGGAGUUAUUUGGGCAUAGAACAAUUCUGCUCCAUGACUAAAGCAUCCAGAGUAUUUUUCCUACUGCCUGUCUCUAUGUAUAUGACACCACCUGAGUGAACAAGUGGACAUUGGCUUAAACAGGUGGUCAGUGAGCGAUAAUUUUCUGCAAUUCUCAGACGUGGGAGCCAUUGUUGUUGUUGUGGCUAGAUUAUUGGGGUUGAACAUGGGAAGCCUGGGUUCAAAUCACUAUUUGGCUAUGAAGCUCCGUGAGUGACUUGGGCAAGGCAGCAUCUCUCAGGCUGGUCUACCACAUAGAAUUGUUGCUAGGCUAAAUUGUCAUUCUGAGCUCCUGUGUGGAAAAGUGUAACAAAUAAAACACUCUCUAAAUGCUCGCAGCUCCAGUAGUGUGGCCUUUCCCCAAUCCAUGAUAUGCAGAAAAGACAAGAGCACAGAACAAGGCCGGCACUCACACGCAGAAUGAAGUCUAUUAGGACUUUACCCUGGCAGCCAGGGUGAUUCUGUAGACUAGAGAACACAUAAAAUAUCAUGCCUGUCUCCAACAGCUCUUGUUAAGUUGCCUGGCAUGGAGCUACUAUGUAUGUGGAGAAACACAUCUUGGCUUCACGUUUCACCAUGUUCUCUGCAUAUUAAAAAGUGCCUUGCUUGGUAUUUUCCAAAAGUUCUAGCUUUCAGCUUUCUGCUCCCUCUCCUGACAGCACCUUCUUCCCAGUAAUGAAUUUGGGAUCCUCCCCACUGUAUCCUGCAUUAGCAACAAACCCACCCACCACAUGCUCUCUCAUCCCAAAUAAUAUAUACAGGCAUUUGAACCACCUGUGAAUGGCAACCAAAUUGCUGGUCAUUGGUGUGGACCUGAAAGACUACACAGGAACCUUAGGGGAGCAAUUGUUCCUUCCCCAAAGCUUCUUCAAUAUUUCCCUUGGGGUGCUAGCUCUGUUACAAUGGAAAGUGGACUCUUUUUUGUAAUUCUGUAGGAGAGAUGGUCUAGCAUUCAAGCAUCUGCACGUGACACCACUAGGCUUUUAGUUCCAACAUUUCCCUCUCAUCGCAGGCUGGAAAAAAAUAGAAUAUCCACCUUCAUAGGCUCAGCUUUUGGCCACCGGACUGCCAGCCCAGUGAACCCCAGCCUUGUUUAGUCUGCUGUGGGCAUGUCAUGAUGCCCACUGCUGGCAGCCCACAGUGAAGGGAGCCUUCUCCCCACCCCCACCCCAGAGCAUUGCUCUGCUGACCCAGGAGGGACGCUACUCUGGGCCUUUGCAGGGUGAAAGGUGAGUAUAACUUGGGAACAAAUUAGUUCCAAGCAGAAGUGCAGCCAGUUACUCCAGAUUAGAGCCUUUGAUUUGUGCGACUCAGACUCCACUCGCCCAUCCAUAAUGAGUUGACUCUCCUCAGAAUUCCUCACAUCAGCGCACUUUGUUCCUGGGCUCACAAGUCAGCCCAUUAAUGGGGAAAGGAAAGGACCUUGCCUCUAAGAAGUCUCAGGUUCAGAGUCAGAAUCAUUUGACUUUUAAGCUGCCUUUAUCUGAACUCCUGCCGGCUCCUUGUUUUCUGAGCCUGCUUGAAAGUGAGAAGUUACAUUGUUAACAUCAAACAUCCUUCCUUCCAGAUGGAGUUAGAAAGCUCGCUUGUGCGUCUAUAUAAAUGUGUAUCUGUAUCAUGAUACGUGUGUGUUUUAUAAUAUAUAUUUUCUCAUUUUAAAAUCAUUCCUUUCCAUUAACAGGGAGCCAGGUUCCCAGGCUCUUGUAAAUUACAAUGUAGAACAUUUUUCCUAACCAGACACUUUCCGUUUUUGCCCACGGCGACGGGCAGAGCCAAGCUAGGGAAGGUGAUUAAUAUGAAUUUGUGACAUAUUUGAAAGAUGGCUCUUUUGCCAUAUAAAGAUUAUCAAACACAUGCGCUCAUCCCCAUUAAUUCGGCAGCCUCCCUGGGAAGCUCUCGGGCCCCCACUCCUUUGUUUCCAGGUUGGGCUGGCUGCUUUAAAUGUACCUUUGCUCCUAAUUUCCCCAAAUUCUAGGUAUUGUUUUUCACAGGGUGCCAGUUAACGAAGUGGUGCUCUUUCCCCACUAAUCAAAGCCACUGAAGGCAGUUAGGCAUGCAUUUUCUGCCAUGGAGAUAGUUGCAUCCCCAAGAAGUGUGGGGGCUUCAUUAUUAAUACAGGCUCUCAAUCAUUUAUGCCUGAAACAUUUAAAACAAGGAAAGGUGGUGGAUGGCAGCCUGUGGUUCCCAAGAGGGCUCAUUUUAAUUUCUUUCCUCCAUUCACCGUAGACCUGGAAAAGGAGAGGGUGCUGGGUUUUUUUGUUUGUUUGUUUAAAUGCCUUUCACUUCCUGCAUUGGCCUUAAGCUGCCAAUGUUGCUUGAUAAUUUCUGUGGAUCAUUUCCCUUUUCUCUGCAUUCGCACUCUCUCUCCCAGUUGGUCUGUUGAGGAAACUUCAGGCACUUUUAGUACAAUUUGCAGACAUCCCAACUUUGCUAAGUUUUCACUGUGUGCCCUUGGGAGGGGCCUGUGACUGAUUUAGGGGUCAUGCAUCAGGCAGUGGAAUCUGCAAAUCCCGUUAAAUGCUAAUUCACAAGCUUCAGGCAGGCUUGUGGUUACCUCUACUCCUUUCCUUUGUGUCAGACUCAGAAAUACUGGCUCCGGAAAGGUCUGCCCCAUACCUUAGUUUUGUCACUAGAGUCAUUUAUAAGACAAUUUAUGGUGAAAAAACAAGCUUAAUGUUGUGCCUCAAGGUUCCUCCAGGGCUUUUAAGUACCAGGCCUGGUCCAGAGUCUUCUCGGGUGUUGUGUGGUGGUUUUCUUCCUGAAUUCCUUGUCUGGACACACCCAAUACCUUGGGUUCUAGAAAAGGGUUUGUGUUGCAUCUACCACUGAGCCGGAUGGUCUGACCUCUUAUUAACACCUGUCUUUCAUUUCUGCUUCUUGGAACAGAGAAAGCGCAGGGAAUCUGCUUCCAGUUCAUCGUCUGUCAAAAAAGUGAAGAAGCCAUGAAUAGCCUGAAGUUCCAGAUCCUGGAUGUCGGAGGAUCAGGACACUGACUGCAGGGGCAAGAUGGCUGCAUUUGCCAGUAUGCCUACUUUAUGCUAUGGGAUUCUUGCAGUGACAUUGCCCUCUCGUUCCAGAAAAGGGUGUUGCCGCCCCAGGUAAAUGGGUUGGACUUCCUUGCAUUAACAGCCUCAUACUGGUUGUUGCUGUGGUGAUUGUGUUGUCUUUCCUAUGUCUGAUUUUUGUAAACUUCCUUGUAAAUACAGAAUCCAUUACCUCUUGUUCCAUAAUCUGAAUCUAAUCCAGCAUUUGUGGGUGGGCAGAAGCACCUUUAUGGAGGUAGGAGCUGCUUUCGUCUAGGUAGAUCUUGAGUUGGAGUAGGCAGGUGCUGGAUCAUCAGCUAGAUCUUAUGGAUUAGAAUAGUUUUUAUGACGCAUGUGAGGCAGGAGGGGACGAACGCCCGCCUAAGACUCCCUAGUAUAAUGCUACACAUGAUUAACUAUCUCACAGCUGCAAGGAACACUCGGUUGUAGUAGCAGAGACUGCAAUGCAGAGCUACAUGGAUAAAUUAUUUUAUUGAAAACUUAUCUUUGCAAUAAAAGAGACAUAUCUCAGGCUGCUUUGAACACUGAAGGUCUUCCACCUUUUGCAGUGCCACCAUUGAAGCAUGGUCUUUUUUAUGGUCCUAGUUGGGCACUAAUUCUCACACCACCAUCCCAUUCCCACUGGAAGACAUGCUUGCUUGUUUCUGUCUUAUUCUUACACAAUGUUCUUCUGGAUGUCCACAAAGUUCCUAUUUCCCUCAGUGUUUCAUCUAAUUAUAGAACAGUUGCUUGCCUCAUGUGCCCUGCAUAUGAAUUAAACAAUAGAGUUGAGGAAAAGAACCCCAUACUGUAUCUUAGGUGAUGCAUUCAUUCGUUGCAGGAGGUAUUUCCUGCUCUGAUGAGAGGGGGUCAUGCCUCUGCCAAGAUGUUGUCUGCACUCCAUGUAUUUUUCUAAGUCCUUAUACUAAAAAUAAUUUAGAUUUUCCGUUUGAUUUAAGCAGUGGCACCUUUUUAGUUAAACAAAUUUUCAAUAUCAAUUUAGCGAGCCGAUUUAAUGCUGCAUCCCUAGUUUUCUCAUCUCUCAGGUAGCUGAGGUACCCUCCCAUAUCUAUUUAAAAGUAGCCAGAAUUAUUCUGUGUUAUUUUGUGGACAUACAUACCCAUCCCGAGUGUCGUGGUGAGUUCUUUGUGCUAACAUAAAAAAGUAGUUCUACAGACUCUUUUAACAGGACAAUCCUGUGUGUGUUUGCUUGGAAGGAAGUUCCAUUUUGUUCAGUGUGUUCCUGUUGUAGCCUGCUGCAUGCAGACCAGUAUCUCUUAUACCCUCCAGAGGCGACUUGGUGUGUGAUAAUUGUGUUGAUUAGUGACCAAUGGAGCAACCAGCUGUAUCCAUGCUGGUUUUCCAAGAACCAAGAAGCAUCCAUUUCUCAUUGCUAGACUCAGCUUCAGCUGUGAAGGUUUGGUUUGAAAGUGUAGGGUUGAAUAUUCCAAGUCAGUAUAAUUAAGCCUGUGUAUACAAUUGCAGGAAAGGCUAUGUUUUGCUAUUAAAUAUAGAAUUCAGCACCAAGAAGGAAGUUUCUAGCCCAUAAGCUUUUACAAAGGUCACCUUGAAGGCGCGUGAGUAUUUCUGGUGAGAUCUCUGAAGCCAUAGGAGGGCUAAGUAGGACUUCUAGUGAUCAGACUGUGGUGUUUUGCAUAGCUCUUUACCCUUCCCUAGAGUAGCAAAAUAAAUUAUGCAAAAUGAGCAAAUAUGUGCACAUUUGCAUAAUGCAUACAGGCCAUGGAAUUCCAGUUUUAAUUUUAAUUUUGAUGGGGUUUUUAGUGCAGAACACAAAGCCCUAGGUAUAACCCUUGCCCUCAGCAGGAAGAAAUUGACUGGCUACGUCUAAGACUUCAGUCGCAUGUUCUCCAGUGUGUGGCAGGCAGUGAGGCCAGUGAUACCUCAAGAAGAGCUAACUGUAAGUAACUUUGGUUUCACCAGUGUAAAAAUAUUGAGUGCUAGCCUAUGAGGUAGCCCUCCAUUCUGGUCUGGAGUUUCUCCUACUUGCUGACUGUUCUAAUGACUGAAUUGUACUCUUUUCCCCCCACCCCCGCCCAGCCCUUUCAGAUAUUCAUCUUCCAUCAGAAACAUGUUGGAAGAGGGGCUAUGAUACUUUUGGCCUGCUGCUGUCAGACCUAACUCAUGCUCUACCUUCCCCUUCCCAUUUCAAGUGCAACUGGGAAUCGAUAGUGCAUGACAACGCCCUUUGAUUUACAUUCUUGCUGGCAGAAAGAAAGGUCAAAGGCCAAGUUCUUCGUUUUCAUAGAAAACUAAUUAGACGACUCCAUCGACACUGAAUCAAUAAAACUGAUCAGGUGAUUACACAGAGGGAGCCAUUAAAAUCCCUAUGACCUUUGAUCUCAAGUCCCUAACCUGAGGUGGGAAAGGCUCAGUUAUAUUCUCUAGUGCUUGGAGGACAAACCUCCCAAAGUGAGAUGGACUGGCCUACAAGGCUUCAGUGGGUGGUGGAGGACACAGCCUUUGCUGACUCUGCUGGUUGUAUGUUAGUAUGUUCUCAUUUCAACCCCUACUGCAUGAAUGGUCAUGUGGAUAGAAAGGCAUGGCAGACAUAGACAAAGGGUUGAUAAGGCAAUUACCUUCUGCAGUGGUGCCAUAAAGAGAGAGGUGGCCCUAACUGGAACAGACCCCCAAACUUCACUGCUACAAUGGGAGGGGAAAGAGCAGAGACCUACACUGAAAGGGGAUAGUGAUUUAUUUGGGGCUUUGUCUUAACCUACGGAGUCAAUUAGUAUGUUCUCCAAGCAGCUUGCUUUGUUUUCAAUCUCCCAUUUGUCAUUGUUGUCUAAAUCAUAAAAGAUUGUUCACAUUGGUGCAUAAGCCAUCUUAGGUCAUGUAGCACUAAACAAACAUUUGGUAAUUAUUCAUUGGCCUUCUGUGUUCAUGUUUAUUUGACUUCUAUAAAAUGAGUCAUGAUUUUUUUAACAUGUAGCUCCAGGCUUUGCUCUGUUUUACAUGGUAUAUUGUCGUAGCUAACGGAGAGAAAAGGAUGGGAAACCAUAUAAACUUCAACAGGGGCCAGUAUCUAGACCUGAGUAUUGCCCUCUGUGAGCACCACUUCUACCUGCAGAUUGGGGAGGGUGCAUGAGCCAAAGUGUUCUCCUGUGGCCGAAGCAGCCUAUGCACUUUGUGUGCUAAGCAUCCUUGAUGGUGCAAUGAGCUGAGGUGAUGAGAUGUAAAUAUUUGGCUUCUUCAGGAUCCUCCUUUCAUUGAGGGGCCCUUCAGUAAUGUUAAACAGAUGGUAUGAAAACAUUUUAAUG